AAUUCCAUGGUGUGUUGCGCGAGCUGGGAUCGGGAUGGCGAGCUGUUCGCUACGGCGGGUACGAGCAAGUCCAUUUGCGUAUACGAGACGAGUGCGGUGAUGACUUUAGGAGCGCGCGUGCACUGCCCAGCGGUGGAGUUUGAAGCGCACUCCAAGGUUUCGGCGUUGUGCUACAACCCGUACGUGAAGCAAUCCAUCGCGUCUGGUGAUUAUCAAGGCGUCGUACAACUUUGGGAUGUGCAGAAAGAAACGUCCACCUGGGAGAACACCACCCACAGAAGACGAGUGUGGAGUAUCGACUUUAGCCACAUCGACCCGACUAAGCUUGCCAGCGCGUCUGACGACGGUACGGUUCGCAUCUUUUCCACGACGACGAAGGAAGGCGUGUGCACGCUUCAAAACCGCGCCAACGUGUGCUCGGUGAAAUUCCACCCGACGUCGGCACAUAUGCUCGCCAUCGGAAGCGCCGAUCACAGGAUCCAUGUGUACGACCUUCGCCAGCCGAGCACGCCUUUGAUGACGCUGCAAGGCCAUCGUAAGGCCGUUUCUUACGUGCACUGGGUCGGCGAUGAGUUGGUUUCGGCGUCGACGGAUAACACGCUCAAGCUUUGGGACAUCAAGAGAAACGAUCCCAGAACGGCGUGCGUGCGAACGUACGUGGGCCACACCAACGAGAAGAACUUCGUCGGGUUGAGCACCAACGCUGAUGGGUACAUCGCGUGCGGUUCGGAAGACAACAUCGUGCACGUGUACGCGAAACAUGCAUCCUCUCCCGUUGCGCACUACGGCUUCGCCGACAAGCCGACGCCGAUGUCGCACAACAGACGCGACAAGGGUGGAUUUAUCUCAUCUGUCGUGUGGUCUCCGAACUCCAAACACCUUCUCGCCGCCAAUUCCCGCGGCCAUCUGAAGAUUCUCUCCCUC